AUGAAAGAAAUUACCUUACCAGGUGGAGGUGGAGGUCGGGUGGGGAAAGCCGUCGCUUGGAAGAGCAUCAGACCGUGGAAGGAACUGGAAGGUAGAAGUCCAUUUAUGGAGGCGGUGGAUUUGCAGAGGAGUGAAAGAAAGGAACGGCGAAAACCUGUGGACAAAACGGUGGUUUCAAGCAGAAGGGAUCCUCUAAAAGCACCGAUGCUUCCCACUCGUCUGCUUCUUCCUCUCGCUUACGUUCCAUUGAAGUCAUCACAUUUAAGCUGUCUUCGACCUUAUGGACGCUCAAGUGCUCAUGUAGCUGAAUUACUACCAGAUUUAGUGGAAAUUUCAUUAAGUAGAGCUAUUCUUAAUGGAUUUAGGACAUUCUGUAGUAGUAGCCAAGAUUUGUCACUUAAAAAAUGUGUCCCAUGCAAGAAGAAGGAUUUGAGUCCUAUGACAGAGGGGAAUGCCAGUGAGUUGAAACCUAAGGUGCCGGAAUGGGAAUUGGUAAAUGAUGGUGGCAUAAUGAAGCUCAGAAGGAAUUGGAAAGUUAAGAAUUUUCUUCAAGGAUUGGAGUUUUUUAAGGUUGUUGGUGAGUUGGCUGAAGCCGAAGGUCAUCACCCAGAUCUUCAUCUUGCUGGAUGGAACAAUGUGACAAUUGAGAUAUGGACACAUGCUUGUGGUGGGCUCACAGAAAAUGAUUUCAUACUCGCUGCAAAAAUCGACAAGCUACCCCUUGAAUCUUUUCUUAGGCGAAAAUAACUUGGGAAUUUUUUUUUUCUUUUGUUUUUUUGGGGAGUAAUAAUGGCUGAUGUGGUUUCUUUCUGUUGAUUUGCUACAAGAUUAUAUAAACACGUAAUAAGGUCAUGACCUUUGAUUUCAUGGCAUUUCCUUCA